AGUUGGGCCAUUAAAACUCUUGUCAGUGAGCACAAGUCUUGUGGGAGACUUGAGGAGAAUCCCAUGGUGACAUCUCAGUGGCUAUGCACCAAACUACUUCCUGACAUUGAAGCAAAUCCAGAAAUCCCAAUUAAGACACUUCAAAGAAAGGCAUUGGGGAUUUAUAGGGUACAAGUGAAACAGAGGUUGAUGUACAAGGUGAGAAGCCUCGGGAGGCAGCAAAUUUAUGGAGGUUUUGAUGAGUCAUAUGCCCUUUUACCAUCCUAUGCUGAAAUGAUCAAAUCUACCAAUCCUGGGAGUUAUGCCUUGGUCACUUGGACUGCAGAUUCUGGUAACGUGACACCCCGUUUCAAGGCUUGCUUUUUCUCCUUUGCUGCACAAGUUAGGGGUUUCUUAAGAGGUUGUAGGCCUAUCAUAGGCAUUGAUGGUGCACAUUUGAGUGGAUACUAUAAGGGAAUUCUCCUCACUGCAGUUGCUAUCGAUGGGAAUAAUGAGAUUUUUCCAUUAGCCUAUAGCAUUGUGAGUACGGAGAGUAUGGACACAUGGUCCUAUUUUUUCAGAAGUUUGAAGGCUUUGUUUGUUCAACAUGGGUGCCAGAGGGAUGACUGGACUUUUAUUAGUGACAGAAUGAGGGGAGUAGAAUCUGCUUUGUAUGAUGUUUUCCCCAAAGCAGUCAGGAGGGUCUGUGCUCAGCAUCUGUAUACCAACUGCAGACAAGCUGGAUACAGUGGCACAGCCUUCCAUGACUUGUUCUGGGUUGCUGCUGAUGCAUACAAUCCAUAUGUCUUCAACAAAGCCAUGGAAAAGAUUGGCAAACUCAUCCCAGAAGCAGUGGGAUAUCUUGACAAAGUGCCUGAACAGUGGUCCAGACACAAGUUUGAUGUUGGGGUCACUUGUGAUCACAACACCACCAACUUUGUGGAAUCCUUCAACGCGUGUACCAAACCCUUUAGGGAUCUUCCUGUUUUGUCACUUCUUGAAGAAAUAAGGUCUUGGUGCAUGACGAAGAUCGGGGCCAGAUUUGAUAAAGCUGUUGACAUUGGACCCGAUCAAUUGACGCCAUAUGCUACUAAGGAGCUUGAAGAGAGGAGUGCUGACUCGAGGUUCUGUUAUGCAACUAAUGCUGGGGGGGGGGGGGUGAAUUUGAGGUUUUAGAUGGUCAUGUGAAGUUCCCU